GCCCACUUUGCCUUCCUCCCUUAUUUUACCGGAUGCCGAAAUGUAAACAUCGGGCUCGGUGUUUAAUAUUUAACUUUCAUUUUAUCUUAUGUAUCAUGUGAGCAAAAACAACAAAAUAGGCAAAGGAGUUAAAAGGCACAAGCACUUUAAUGGACACAUUUUUUAACCUUGAAGAAUAGAUGAAGAAAAAUACAAACAGAAAGCAUGGAACAUUCUCUGAGAAACUGGAUUGGACUAUUUUUACUGGGCUCCAUCAACAAUUUACCCUAUGUCAUUGUCACCUCUGCAGCCAAAACCAUUGCAGACAGCUUUGGCAAAAAAAAUGAUGUGGGUUUGGUUUUUGGAGCCAAUGUAGCUUUGUCUGUGAUAGUUAAAGCCAUCAACGGUCUAUUUCUUCUGAAAGUGCCCUAUUGGAUUAGGUAUGUGGUGAACGCUAUGCUGAUGAUAAUUGGUCUAAUAGGAGUUGCGUUUGCUUUUGACUUCUGGUUUGCCUUAGUUUGCAUUGUGGUUGUUGGUUCAUCAGCCGCAUUUGGUGAAAAUGUGGCCCUCGGAUACCUCCGUCUUUUUCCCAGUAAAUGCGUCAAUGCCUGGUCCAGUGGGACGGGCAUGGCUGGGGUCCUAGGAUCAGCCAUUUACAUCAUCUUUGGUUGUUCGAUUGGAGAAAGCAAUGACAAAUCUCAGCUGAAAACUCUGACAAAGUAUGCAUUCCUUCUGACUCUGCCAGCAGUAGCAGUAUACCUGAUUGCAUAUUUUGUCAUCAUCAAAGCCCCGAAAACUGACGACACAUUCCACAGAGGGGAUCCAUCCAUCCAGAAACCUUUAAAUGAAGAGGAGAGGUCACUUUUACAUGGUUCUGAUGAAGGAGCUUUGACUGUGGAGUCGACAUUACAUCGGUUGCGUAGAUGUUGGGGACUUGUCUGGUGGCUCUCUCUAAAUCUGUGUGCAGUGUAUCUGUUUGAGUAUGUUGCUCAAGGCUGUGCUUCUAAAGUGCGACCCGCGUCUGAAUAUAACAAAGGCUGUCCUGAGCUGUUUGCAGCCCUUUCUUUUUGCUAUCAGGCCGGAGUGUUUGUGUCCAGGUCCUCGGUGCAAUUAUUCCAAAUCAAGAGAGUGGAGGUUUUAUCAGUGCUACAAUUUCUGAACAUGGUUCUGUGGAUAUUUGAUGUACAUUAUAAAUUUAUUCCUGUGUAUCUUUUACCGGCCUUAAUGAUAUAUGUGGGUCUGCUGGGCGGAGCCUCCUAUGUCAAUAUAUUUUAUCUACUUCUGCAUGAAGACAAGUACCCAGAGGAAGAUAGAGAAUUCUGUAUAAAUAUCGUAUCACUCUUCAUUACUGGAGGUAUUGUUCUUGGGACAGCUUUGGAAACAGUGCUUUUUAACACAGUGUUGGAAAGUGACUAACAGAGAAACUAGCUGGUGCAAUGUUAACCAUCCUCCCGUUUCUUUCAUUACCUCAACUCACCAUAUGGUGUUGAAAUAUUGACAAUACUCACUCCUUACGACAAUUGUAAGAUAAUUUGUCUAUUGUAAAUUAAUAUUUAAUGUGUCAUCAUUGAAUUUAUAUGUUUGUCAAUUUUUAAUUGAUUAUUAGAUAUUAUAUAUUAAUUUUAUACAUGUAUUACAAAUUACAAUACAUAUUAUAUGUACAUGUUAUACAACUCAAUACUGAUUAAUGUUUACAUCGACUUGCUUAUUUAUUGACUCAAUAAGCUUAAAGUUCCAGGAUUUCUUUUUUAAAUAAAAUAGGUUGAGGUAUAUAAGCACAUAAGGUCAAAAGGUGACUUCUGUCGGGUCCACAUAUUGAGAUAUCACGUUAGGUGACUUAGUCCCUGUUUUAAUAGAAUGCAACACAGAAUGUUACAUACUGCCCCAGUAUUGAGAGAACAUAAAAUAAGAUGACCUUAGAUCCUCAUAUUGAAUAAGAAAAAACACCAGAGGUCAUCCAGAAACUUCAUUUUGAUUGAAUUAUGAAUUUAACAUACAGGUAACCUUAAUAAGAAUGUUGUACAUUGUACAUUAGGUGACCCCCCCCCCCUCCCCCUCCCCCUCCCCCUCCGCUCCGGACCCAAGAAUGGAUGACACAAGUUAUUGUAUGUGACUUCCAUUUAUUGAUAUAACCAAAUAUAUUUGGUCCCCAACUUUUUUUUUGGGGGGGGGGGGAGACAGAAAAUGAAAUUAUAGAUAAACUAGACUAUGCUACACUCCCACGGAUUAGGAUUUUCAUGAUUCUGGGAUGUUUCUUUUUCAGUUUUUUUUUGGUCAAGAUUUUCGAUGAGUCUCACUCUGGCCCCCACCCCCCAUUUUCAAAAACGUUAUUAUUUAGGGCAAAUUCACCCCCAACACUAUCUAGACCACCUUUUCAUAUUCUAAUCCUUAAUAUUAACUAUACAGAUCACGGUUGUUUUUUGGGGUAAAUUUACCCCAAACACUAGCCCUCGAAGCCUUAGAAAUAAACAGAAAAUAACUGUGUUCCAAUUCUUUUCUGUUUGUCAAAUGACAACUCCACAGAAGUUUUCAAAAAAUUGAUGUUGAAUAUUGCAGAUUGUGUGGAAGUGACUUUCUCUGUAAUACAGGAACGAAAUAUGUAAAAAAUAAAUAUUUGUUUUUGUAAGUACAAAGAAAACUUUCAUUAAACGACCCCGAUAAGGAGAUAAAUUUAAAAGUGUCGGCCUCUGAACAUUUCUUGUCCAGAUAUCUCAAGAACGGUAAAAAGUUUCUAAACACUUGUUGAGAAAAAAAAUAUACGUCAUCUGAAAAUGUUAGAUUUUACACAAAGAAUACCGUUUAAUAAAAUCAAUCGAAUACAAAGUUAUUAAUGAAAAACUAAUGUUCUGCAUGGGAUGUAAACAGCCUGUUAUACCAUGGGUGUAUACACUCAGAUUUUCUUGGAAAUGUAAAUGCAAAAUGUUAACGUAGAUUGCUAUAAUAAAAAAUGUUACUGAAAACGAAGUUU